AUGGCUAGUACUUUUAGUGUAACGGAGAAAGAUGGAUCCAGCUCCAGCGAUAGCACGGAUAAAUACUUGAGUUUUGCACAAGGAAAAGAUAUCGCAACAAGGGCACUCAAAAAGGGUUUCGCCGUGCAAAAGCUAUACUCACGCAUCUACCAAAACUCGGUUGACCUGAGGCACAAGAGGAUACUUAUCGCUAGACUAAAGGCCAAUCUAUAUGGCAAAUCAGACGAUCUGGACAUUGAUGGUACAGGCAUUGUUACAACAGCUCCCCCCUGUUUAUCCGAUGUCCAGUUUAAAUUGCUACGACAAGAACAGUUGAGUCUUAUGGCAGAAAAUACCAGAUUGGUUAGGUUACUCGAAAGUAGAAGCACAAAUAAUUAUACUUCGAAUGAUAGUGGUAUGGCAAUUUCUCAUGCAAUUCGUGGCAAUGUUUGGGGCUGUGAUUCACUAGUCAUUAAAGAUCGCUCAUAUGCCCUUGAGAAGAUCGUACUGAUGCUUGACAAAGUAGUACUCAAAAUUUUGGCCAAAGCAUUUAGACAAAUAUUCCUAUACGCUUUCUUGCAAGACAAUAUACAAAAUGUCAAGUCUAAGAUUAAAAAUAAUGCGAUAAGGAUCAGGAUGUUUUAUGCAUGUUCCACAUUAAUCCAAUCCAUUCGUAAUGUAUAUCGGAGGGAUCUUUCUUCUUUUUUAAAUUCCCUAAUUCGUGAAUCGUUCGCCGCAUAUUCUCAAAGCACUAUUAAUCCGUUGGAAUUUAUGAGUGAAGUGAAUAAAAAAGCCACGCCAAUAGUGCCCUUUCCGACGUACUAUAAGAACCUUCAUUCCGUUAAAAAUUCACAGUAG